AUGCUCUCGCUACCCUCUUUCGCGCUCGCGCUUCUCGGCCUCUCCCUCCUUGGCCCAACGCCUAGCGCUCGCCUGACCACGAUUCCCAUCUCAACCAUCUGCGGCUUCGAAACCACGCAUUGCGUGCAGAUGCCGCCAAAGGAAAAGCUGCAGCCGCCUGUCGGGACGGUGGAGAUCGACAAGCCCGGAGAGUUCAUUGGAGCAGACCUGAACCCAGCAAAAGUAAUUGUCGCCUACCCCUACAGGUCGUCAGGGACGGUUCGGUUCCUCUGCGUGGGAGAUACGCAAAUGCAGGAAUGGCGCCUCUACUUCUCGACCGUCUACGCAGGCUCGGCCGUCAAAGCCGCGAGCGACAACCCUGCAAAGGGUCGAGGCGAGGUGACCUUCGUUGAGGUUGCCGGAGCGAGGGAUCCUCCAGCGGGAACCGCGAUUUUCUCGUCGACGAGGGGUGUGAAUGUCAUGUUUAGCUGCAAGGAUGAUUGA